AGCCGUCGUGGAAAGGCAAAAUUUGGCGCAAAGCGGCAGUCCCAUAAUCGGCUAGUCGCCCAGCGGAAUGUGCCGACAUCGGAGAUGACGGAUGAGCACCGCCGUCCGGCGCUGGGUAACUGACGCCCCCGUCCCAUGGCCGCCCGCCCCUGCCCUGCUCUUUGACCACCGCCGCUUCGCCUCGUUCUCUUCGUCCCCUCCCAUCCCAUCUCGUCUCCCCUCGCCAGCGCUAGUCGCCGGCCACUGAAAGCAACCUCACCCCACCACUAAUUAUUAAACAAAGCGCGCACCUAAUCAGCACAGCAACACGCUCGCAUCCCCCAUCCCCCUCUCGCUUAGAAGCUAAAGCCGCGGGGGGAGAGAGACGGAGAGGGAGCCCGAUCCAAUCACACCAAUCCCCGCGUCGCCGUCCGUCGUUCCUCUCCUAAAACCCCAGCUUCCGCGGCGGGGAUGAAGAUCCAGUGCAACGCGUGCGGCGCGGCGGAGGCGCGGGUGCUGUGCUGCGCGGACGAGGCGGCGCUCUGCGUCGCCUGCGACGAGGAGGUGCACGCCGCCAACAAGCUCGCCGGGAAGCACCAGCGGGUGCCGCUCCUGUCGGACGCCGGCGCCCCCGCGACGGCCGCCGCGGCGCCGGCCGUGCCCAAGUGCGACAUCUGCCAGGAGGCUUCUGGGUACUUCUUCUGCCUAGAGGACCGUGCACUACUUUGUAGAGACUGUGAUGUUGCUAUACACACAGUAAAUUCCUUUGUUUCAGUACAUCAGAGAUUCCUACUUACAGGAGUUCAGGUGGGCCUUGAUCCUGCUGAUCCAGUUCCACCUAUUGCUGAUAAGCAUGUUAAUGCUGGUGGUGGAUCGGUAUAUCAGCCAAAACAGAUGCCAAAGAGAAACUCGACAGUCUUAUUUUCAGGUGAAGGCAGUGCUUCUGUUCCCAGCCAAACUGUGAUCAAUGGAGAUUAUUCUAGGCAGAACUCUGUACCAACUGUCAGGCCAGGAGUAGUUGAUUGGACGAUGCACAAUGGUGCAAUUCGAUCACCAGAACCUCCACCUAAGUACUUCACUGAGUACUUGUCGGAGGAAAGUCCAACACUUCUCCAAUCUAGCCAGACCACAACAGCCUUCUCCAACCAAAUUAAUGGAGAUAAUGAUCGGGCCUACAGCUUGCCAUUCUCAGGUGGUAAUGGGUCAGAUAGUCUACCAGAUUGGCCUGUGGAUGAGUUCUUCAGUAACUCAGAAUAUUGCUCAAACUUCGGGUUUGCUGAGCAUAGUUCUUCUAAGGGUGAUAAUGCUAAGCUAGGGAGUGCUGGCGGAUCUCCACAAUGCUGUCUAGCUGAAGGCUUUGUUGCUGAAGAACUGUUAGGUCAGGUACCUGGAUUGGAUGCUGACGAAUAUCUGGGCCGGGUGCCUGAGAUUUCAUUGACAGUAGCUAAGGUUCCCUCACCACCUACAGCCUCGGGGCUUUAUUGGCAGGGGAAUUUGCAUUACCCUGCAUAUGACAGCACCAUGUUCGUCCCAGAAAUUCCCUCCUUCCAAAGCUCUCAAAAUAAUUUCGCUGUACCUGCUGGUUUCAAGCGUCGAAGGAGACAGUUUUGAUAACAAGAAGAGCACUGGACAACUCUAUCUAGUUAGGCCAUCUUGAAAAUGGCCUCCUGAGUCCUGAUGGGCCAGAACACAAAAAACCGGACUGGAUGAUCAUUCAAACUUCAAAUGAUUUUCUCCAGUAGUCAGGCUAAAGUGUGUUGUAAUGCUUCGACGAUGUUUUUCCCCCUGAACAUUCUGGCUUGUGAAUUGUUAUGAGCUCAGAGGCGUCAAAUUUGUGUACAUAGUGAAAUAAAGAGGAGCAUCGGUAACAUCUUGAUUCUCCAGUACGUCAUGCACUCAAAACGUCAUACGCA